AUGGCCACGUCAAAUGAAGAAAAACAGCUUAAGACAGAUGACGGCCUCGCACUCCUCGACAGCUUGAGAAAUCACAUCCUCGAGCAGCUCGACCAUGCAGUACCAAACGACUGCAUUCAACUUUGCAAGCUCAGCACUCUCGCCAUUAUAGCAGAUCGUCCCGAAGAUGUUCUCGAAAAGGCCAAGGAACAGCUGCACGCCUACCCCUACGAGAAGGUGCCAACUCAUUGGCGGCGACUGUACGAAGAUGCCACAUCAUUUGCAACAUUCAAUCCUGCCAAGCGUCAAAAGCUCGAUCGGGAUAUCCCCCGUACCAACGACUGGCUGGCAGAAUUUUGCAAUGUCGUAGACAGAGCCGUCAUCAUCUCGGGCGCACCUGGUCGCAAACAUCUCAUUGACGAUACCUUAAAGCACUUGGAAGUUUUUGUCAAGUCUGAAUGGACCGACGCUCCCCCUCGAAGACUUCUUACCCCUCGACCUCCUCCUCUGGACACGCCUUACGCUAUUCUACGCACACCGCGUAGCUGGGACUUUGAAGAGUUUCAAUUACAUCUCGAUACUACAGGCAGUCCUGUUAUUAUCCCUGAUACAUUUGAGCAUUGGCCUGCACGAACACACUGGGACGAUAUUAAUUACCUUUUAUACAAAACUCUCGGUGGCAAGCGUGUUGUCCCUGUCGAAAUCGGGAGUAGCUAUACUGAAGCUAAUUGGACGCAAAAAAUUAUGCCUUUUGGGGCUUUUGUUGAAAAUUAUCUUCUUGCACCUUGUCAACAAGAACAAGAAGAACAACAAGAACAAGAACCUUCUCCUCCCAUCGGCUACCUCGCCCAACACAACCUCUUCACCCAAAUCCCCUCUCUCCAAUCCGACAUCUCCACUCCAGACUACUGCUACACCACCCCUCCACCAACAAACCCCUCCUUCUCCACAACAAAAACUUCCACCAUCCAACAACCCCAACCUCUCGACUCCCCCCUCCUCAACGCCUGGCUCGGCCCCCCAGGAACCAAAACCCCUCUCCACACCGACCCCCAUCAUAACAUUCUCUGCCAAGUCGUCGGAUACAAAUACAUUCGAUUAUACAAUCCCCUCUGGACGAAAUACUUGUAUCCUGCGGGUGUGGAUGCGGCUGGGGUGGAUAUGGGGAAUACGUCGUUGGUGGAUGUGAAGGUUUGGAGGGGGGAUGUGGAUGAGGAGGAAAAGAAGAAAUUUCCGGAAUUUGGAAAAGCGGAAUAUUUAGAGGCGGUUUUGGGGCCGGGAGAGUGUUUGUAUAUUCCAUUGGGGUGGUGGCAUUAUGUGGAGAGUUUGACGGCGAGUUUUUCGGUUUCGUUUUGGUGGAAUUGAGGGGUGGGGGGUUGUUCUUGUUUGUUAUAGUGGAGGAGAGAGGAGAGAGAGAGAGAGAGAGUGUGUGUGUGUAUGUGUG